AUGACCCAGAACCUGCAUCUCAACACCACCUGGGGGGGCAUGAACUCUUCCAAUUCCUCAAGAUCGCCGGAGAACACUUCGUACCACCAGAACAUCACCUUCGUUGAUUUCUACCUCCACAACCCCUCGGUGGCCGCGGUCUUCACCGUCUCCUACCUGCUCAUCUUCCUGGUGUGCAUGGUGGGCAACGUGGUGGUGUGUUUCAUCGUGCUGCGCAACAAGAACAUGCGCACGGUCACCAACCUGUUUAUUCUCAACCUCGCCAUCAGUGACCUGCUGGUCGGCAUCUUUUGCAUGCCAACCACACUGGUGGACAACAUCAUAACAGGAUGGCCAUUUGGUAGUGUGGUGUGUAAGCUAAGUGGUAUGGUUCAGGGGAUAUCCGUGUCAGCGUCUGUCUUCACUCUUGUAGCAAUAGCUGUUGACAGGUCCCGCUGCAUCGUCUAUCCUUUCAAGCAGAAGAUGACCAUUUCCACCUUGAAGCUAAUUAUCGUCGUCAUAUGGGUCCUCGCUGUGCUCAUCAUGUGUCCCUCUGGGGUCAUGCUCCAGGUCACAAUGGAGCAGAGGGUGCGAAUAGUCCUCGACGGCAACAACACCCACCCCUUCUACUGGUGCCGGGAAAAUUGGCCCAAUCAGGAGAUGCGUAAAAUCUACACCACGGUCCUCUUUGCUAACAUUUACCUCGCUCCCCUCAGCCUUAUCGUCAUCAUGUACGCCCGCAUCGGCGUCGCCCUCUCCAGGGCCGCCGUUCCUCAGAUGAGGGGCAGUGUAAGCGUGUCUGAGGAGGGUGGUGGAAACAAUAAAUCUAGCUUGGAGGGUCGUCACACAAUUUCCAAGAAGAAGAAUCGAGUGAUAAUGAUGCUGCUGGUUGUGGCUCUGAUCUUCGUCUUGUCCUGGCUUCCUCUGUGGACGCUGAUGAUGCUGAGCGACUACGCCAGCCUGACGGAGCACCAGCAUCGUGUCAUUAACAUCUACGUGUAUCCCUUAGCCCACUGGUUGGCCUUCUUCAACAGCAGCGUCAACCCCAUCAUCUAUGGGUUCUUCAACGAGAACUUUCGCCGAGGCUUUCAGGCCGCUUUCAAAUUCCAGCUGUGCUCCGAGGGCUUCGGGCGCCAGAGGAGCUACUCCCAUCGGAUCCGAGGGAACGCCGUGCUCCCGCUCCAAUCUGCUGUCCUCAGGGGAAAGGGCUCAGUCAGAUCAGCGUUGGUGGAGAAUGGGAAGUGCUCAUGUAAGGAAGGAGGGAGCUUGGCUGCAAGUCAUAUCAAAGAACAGGAUCUGGUCUUGGAGGACCUGGAGAAGUUGUCCCAGUUUUAG